AUGUGUCAGGCUGUAUCAGAGGUGGAGGAUCUGAAGGCUCAGAUGAUGAGCCUGUUUAGUGAGCUACAGCAGGCUCAGAGCAAACUGGACGAGGCAGAGGGCAUGAAGAAGAACCUGCAGGACCGAUGUAGGGAUGUGGAGCGUGACGUGGUGACUCUGACAGCCCAGCUGGUAGAGAAGCAGGAGGUACAGAGUGAGAAUGACAGACUGAAGCUGCAGGUGGACAGUAUGAAGGCCCAGAGCCAGCUAGAGCAGAGGAAGGCUGGAGAGGAGAGGACUAACCUGACCCAGCUGAAGGAUGCCUACACCAAGCUAUUCGAGGACUACAACGAGUUGAAGCAAGAGAGCAAGAACAGAGAGCCACUGGUCACUAAGGAGGUGGGAGACCUGCAGACCAGACUGGACGCAGCAGAGAAGGCCCUGGCUGCUAAGCAACAGCAGAUAGAUGUUAUGAAGCAGGAGAUAUAUCAGAAGGAGAAGGAGCUGGAGACCAUCUCUGUGUUUCAGGCUCAGGUAGGUUUUCUGUGUGUGUUCUCCAUCUAGUUGUGUGUGUUCUCACACUUGGAAAAAGGUUCAAACAUUCUAAUUUAAUUGUACUGAACUCUGUGUGAACA